GAUUGUUUAUAACACAGAGAAAGAUAAGGCAAAGCCCGAAAAACAAAACGGUUACUCUCCGUUUCUCACUUGUGAUAUUGUUUUCAAUAAUACGUCUGAAUCUACUGUAAUAUGGGAAAAGAAAAUCUAUGGCUUCUGGUGAUUUGGAUUUCUUUGAUUAAGAGCUGCGAACCUUUGAAGACGACAAACGGAUCACUCGUUUACAACAACGCCACUCUUUAUGAGGAAGAAAGCGAAAUAGAGAGCAGGUUUUCACUGAGGACCUCAGACGAACCAGACGAGGACGUCUGCUACCUUGUUAUUGGAAAGCAGGACACCAUCUCCGAAUGCGGAUUCAACGCCAGCUCGCAAACUUUCGUGAUCAUCCACGGCUGGUCGGUAUCAGGACUAUUUGAGAGCUGGGUCUACAAGCUGGUGACUGCGCUUUACGAGAGGGAGCCCAGUGCCAAUGUCAUUGUGGUGGACUGGCUAGACCGGGCCAGUCAGCACUACCCCACCUCCGCGGAGAACACCAAGCUUGUGGGCAAGGAUGUGGCCAGAUUCGUCAACUGGUUGGAGGGUCUGGAGUAUCCCCUGGAGAAACUUCACCUGCUAGGAUACAGCUUGGGAGCACAUGUGGCUGGAAUAGCAGGAAACCUCAUGAACCAUAAAGUCAACAGAAUCACAGGCCUUGACCCAGCGGGUCCCCGGUUCGAGCAUGCCGAGGAUCUCCGCCGCUUGUCACCGGACGAUGCCAACUUCGUGGAUGUCCUGCACACCAACACCAGGGGUACCCCGGACCUCAGCAUCGGCAUCCAGAGGCCUGUGGGUCAUGUCGACAUCUACCCCAAUGGGGGCGCUGUUCAGCCCGGAUGCACUCUACGAUCCACCAUGUCACUGAUCGCCAGCUUUGGCUUCAAUAACAUGGACAUGCUGGUCAAGUGCUCCCACGAGCGCUCCAUCCACCUGUUCAUCGACUCCCUGGUGAACCAGCAGGCCCAGAGCAUGGCCUUCCGCUGCAGCUCCAAGGAGGCCUUCUACAAGGGCAUGUGCCUCAGCUGCCGCAAGAACCGCUGCAACAAGCUGGGCUAUGGCGUCAACAAGGUCCGCUCCACCCGCAGCGCCAAGAUGUACCUCAAGACCCGGGAGCACAUGCCUUACAAAGUCUUCCACUACCAGGUGAAGGUGCACACGUUCAGCCAGAGGAACCUGAGUGUGGUGGAGCAGCCCAUGCAGGUGUCCCUGUACGGCACUCACGGAGAACAGGAGGGAAUCGCCAUCACUGUCCCUACCAUGUCCACCAACUCAACCAUCUCCUUCCUGGUGUCAACUGAUGUGGAGAUCGGCGAACUCCUGACGGUGAAGCUGCGGUGGGAGAGGGACUCUUACCUGUCCACGCUCUUCGGCAAGAACGAGUUCAUGAUUCGCAGGCUACGCAUCAAGUCCGGGGAGACCCAGUCUAAGCUGAUCUUUACAUCAAAAGAGGAGGAGUUUGCACACCUAUCACAGGGUGGAGAGGAGGCGGUGUUUGAAAAGUCACACGAGAACGAAGACAGCCGGAGACAUGCAAGACUCCACAGGCUGAAAAUGCAUGGCAGUUUCUUCAACCAAUCCUUCAACCAGACCUUCAACCAGACCACAGAGUGAACCGUCUGUACAUAAUUCAUAUCAAUACUGCCCUACAAAGGCAAAGUGCAGUAAUUUCGUCAACUGAGAAGAAGGCUUUCAAAGCCUUGGUAUUUGGUUGGAUAAUGCAGUUACUGCAAAUUUGACACAACAAUAUUUGGUCACAAGGCUCUCUCACAAGAUAAAUGAGAUGUAAUGAAGACCAUUUUCAGUCUAAACUCAAUUUUGACAAAGCAUGUAGUUACUGCACUUUGCCUUUGUAGGUCAGAAUACUAUUGCUGCUCAGGGGUCUGUAAAGCUUCCAGAACACGUGCAGAUUUUGCACCAAAAAAUCAGAGUCUGGCUGUUGCACAGAUAUGGUUUUCAAUGACAAUGCAAAGUGUGUUGUGGUGACGAACAAUAUGCUUGUAUUUAUCUACCUGUUUUUUUGCAGUGUAUCAAGCACUUACCCCAUAGCAUGUCAGUAUUUAAUAUACUAAAAAAUCACUUUUUAGGAAUGAAGUGAUGAUAUACUUUAAAAGAAAUGUAUAGGGUGCUGAAUGUAUUCGUGCUGUAUUGUUAAAUAUUUGUGAAUAUGUUCAAUUUCAAUUUUAAAAUUGAGAUGUAAAUAGGAAGUGAAAGUAUAGCUCUUCAUGUAGGUAUAUAAUCUAAGUCAAUAAUGCAGUAGCGUGACAUCACCUGUGAACUACCUCUAUAUGUUUCCCCUAGCUGUUACAGUGAAGCAAAACAUUCCAGAGUUCCAAAGCUAUGAGUGGCCAUCUCUUGGUUUGAACAAUCAAGACUAAACAAAUGGGAGAUGUAAAAUGUAAACAAAUUGGCUCAGACAAACCAAUUUCAUCUCCUUAAAAAGAGACAUGUUUUUUUAUAAGUUCUUUGACAAUGAACAAUUUUGCUAAGUUUAUUAUGGUAAAUUUUAAUAAUAUAAAAAAUAUAAGUAAUAACAAUUAUACUUACAAUUGAUAAUGGUUCAUGGUGUAGAUUUUGGUUCAUCAAAUGCUGCACAGUAUAAUUUUAGAGCCACAAGUCCUACUGUGUUCACUAUUAUCCUCAGGUACCAAUGUCACAGGACUGUUGAUGUUUUUGUAUAUAAGUCAUGUCAUACCACUAUUAAACCUUUUAAAUCUCUCCA